UGAUGAUCAAUUAUGUUUUUGGAAUCGAAUAAAUACAAUUAUUUUUAUGUAUAAUUGUGAUCCAUCAAUAAAUAAUAUAGAAAAAUGGUUAAACCGAGUCCAUUUGUGUAUUGGGCUCAAACAGAAAGUACCAUUUCACUGAAAAUUGAUUUGAAAAAUGCAUUAAAACCUGAUGUGAAAGUUCUCGAUAAUAAUGUAAUAUUUACCGCAAAGGGCACAGGAGCCCGGGGUGAGAGUCAAUAUGAGUUUAAUCUGGAUUUAUUUUCAAAUAUUAAAAGUCUUGAGCCCGGUGGAGAACAUAUUACACUUCGAGUGUUCGAAAACAGAAUCGAGCUGAUCUUGCAAAAGGUGAAACCUGUAUGGUGGCCUCGUCUCACAGCACAGCCACAAAAACCUGCCUGGUUGAAGAUAAAUUUUGAUUUGUGGAAAUCUGAAGACGGCCAGGAAAGUGACGAAGAGAAGCGUGACGUAAUGAGAGACUACCCAGGAAUGUAUGAUCAGCUACACCAAGAAGAAAUGGGAUAUAGGAAAGAAGACCUCAAGAAAGUUUACCUGUUUAUCUACAAUCUUUUCCAAUUUGUUGGAUACAUGUAUGUAAUGGCGGUGAUGGGAGUGCGUUAUGUCAAACUUGAUUAUGAUUCUGUGACUGAUACAUAUGAACAUGUUGGUUCGGCCAUGAAAUUUUUACAGUUAAUGCAAUAUCUUGAAGUGCUACAUCCUAUGUUUGGUUAUACGAAGGGUGGAGUUCUAGUACCAUUCCUACAAGUUACGGGCAGAGCCUUUGUACUGUUUAUAAUGAUAGAUGCUGAACCAAGAAUGCAGACAAAACCAGUUGUCUUCUAUCUAUUUGUUGUGUGGACAUGCAUUGAAAUUGUUAGAUACCCUUACUACAUGUCCCAGUUGUACAAGAAGGAAUUUGCCUUGUUAACAUGGCUGCGAUACACAUUGUGGAUACCGCUUUACCCAAUGGGUAUAGUAUGUGAAGCUACAAUAAUACUCCGCAACAUACCAUACUUUGAAGAAACUCAGAAAUACACAGUAUCGCUGCCAAACGCCUGGAACUUCGCCUUCCACAUGCCAACAUUCUUAAAAAUUUAUUUAUUAGUCCUAACAUUCCCCGGUAUGUUUCUAGUAAUGAAACAUAUGCAUCGGCUUAGAAAUAUCAAACUCAGACCGAAAAUUGUCAUUAAGAAAUCUAAUUAGAAUAUUUGUAGAAUUAUUAUAUCUAGGAUGCCUUAAUGGAGAUAAUGUCGUAUGUACCAAUUUAUUUAAAACAGAAACACUUAUAAAAUUGCAAUCUUUUAUCAAAAUUCACGAUAAAACUACAAGUUUCUUCAAUAAAAAUACAAAAUAAAAAAAAUCCUGGAGAACAUUUUUUCUUAGAUGUUUUGUACAUAUGAUAUUAUCCUUGGCGAAUGGGAAACUUUGCUAUUUAAAUCAGCAUAAGCAUGGCCCAUUACUAUUUUAAAUCUAGCAUUAUCAGGUUACCUCUUUUAAAAAU